UUUUUUUUUUUUGAGUUUACUGGUGCUUUGGUUCAGCAUGGCUUCGCUGAUCUGUUGUGCGGGUGAAAUGGCUGCGUGCUGUGCCUGCCGUGCCCUGACGAGCUGCUGCGGAUUGGUCAGCCGCUCGGUCGGCACGCGCGUUACAUACGCAAUCAUGUUCUUGACGGCCUCGAUUGCGGCGUGGAUUCUGAGCUCGUCGUGGGCAGAGGACAAGAUGCAGAGCACUGCGCCCAGCUACCUCGAUUUUGGUUGCAACGACAACGACCCUUCCUGUUACGGCACGGUAGCAGUGUAUCGGGUCUGUCUGGGCCUCGUACUCUUCCACACAUUCAUGGCGCUGAUCAUGUAUGGCGUCUCCUCGAGCAGCGACCCUCGCGCAUCCAUCCAAAACAGCUGGUGGCCGCUCAAGCUGGCGCUCUGGCUCGGCUCCAUCAUUGGCUGCUUUUUCAUUCCGGGCAGCAACAUUGAGCAGUUCCAGUACCCCAGCAUGGCGGGUGCGAUUGUGUUCAUCCUCAUCCAGCUCGUCCUGCUCGUGGACUUUGCCCACUCGCUCAACGACAAGCUCGUUGCCAAGUUCCAGGACACUCAGGCGCGCAUCUGGUUUGUUCUUCUCAUCGGACUCACCUUCCUGUUCAACGGCACCGCCUUUGCGCUGACUGUGAUCAUGUGGACGUACUUUUUGCCUGGCGACUCGUCGUGCCGCAUCAACACGUUCUUUGUGACGUUCAACUUUCUGGUGUGCAUCGUCCUGACGCUCGUGUCCAUCUCGGGCAAGGUGCAGGAGCACAACCCAAAGUCGGGACUCUUGCAGUCGUCCGUGGUCACAUUGUACUCGACCUACCUUGUGUGGAGCGCCGUCUCGAGCGAGCCCGAGAGCGACUAUCCCUGCAACUCGCUCACCUCCACCGACUCGACGCAGAACGUCGCUGUCGUCAUUGGCUUUAUUCUGACGUUUAUUUCAGUCGCCUACGCCGCUGUUCACACUGGGAGCUCCUCGGGCUCUAGUUCUGAAAUGACGCACGUGCCUUCCUCCAGCAACUCGGCCAUCAUUGCCGAGCAAGGCGACAAAUCUGGUCGUGCCGCUCAGGGCGAUGAUGGCGCUGACGAUGACGAUGAAAGCGGCGGCGUCAACUACAGCUACUUUGCCUUCCACCUCUGCUUUGCUCUUGCCGCCAUGUACAUGGCUGAGGUGCUGACCGGGUGGAAUGACAUUUCGAGCGGCAACAACGGCUUUGUCAUCAGCCAGUCGACCGCGGCUGUCUGGGCCAAGAUGGGCUCCAGCUGGGGCGUGUUGGUCCUGUACUUCUGGACGCUGAUUGCACCCAUGGUCUUGUCCAAUCGCGACUUUUCGUAGAGCGUGGUUGUGUAAAAAAAUGUUUGUGUGCUUGAGUAUUCGUGUUUUCAGAUCAAAAUACACAGUAAUGUGAUUCUCCA